AGUGCGGCGAAGGAUGCUGCGGAGUCGGCGAAGAAUGCUGGGAGGACGCUUGAGCGAGAGACGAAAGCUGUUUCGGAGGAUGCUGCGGAGAGCGUUGAGGGUGCUGCGAAGACUUUGCAACGGGAGACUGCGGCUGAUGCGGAGGCUAUGAAGGCUACUGCUAAGAGUGCUGCUCGUGAGACGGAGGCUGCUGCUAAGGACGCUGCGGAGAGCGUUGAGGGUGCUGCGAAGACGUUACAACGCGAGGCGACGGCUGACGCUGAGGCUGCGAAGGACGCCGCGAAGACUGCUGCACGCGAAACGGAAUCUGCUGCAAAGAACGCCGCCCGCGAAACCGAGUCCGCCGCAACCGAUGCCGCAGAGACCGCGAAGACAGCCGCUCAAGCGACGAAAGACGCUGCCGUGGACACCGCUCGCUCAGCUGCAGACAAAGCAGAGACCGCCGCGAAGGUAGCUACCUACGGCGCCACUUCAGCCGGCAGCAAGAUCAUCGCCUGGAUCUACGGUACCGGAGUCGUGCUCCUCCUCUCCUUUGGCUUCCUCUACGUGACCGACACUCGCGCCAGCAUCCACCAAUACGUCGUCGUUCCGUUCCUUCGCUACGUCCACGCCGAUCCUGAAGAGGCGCAUCACGCGGGAAUUCGAUACAUCAAAGCUCUCUACGAUUUCGGCCUUGCUCCGAGGGAAAGAGGUGACAUGGAUAAGAAGCUUGGAGACUUGCAGAUUGAAGUCUUUGGACACGUCUUGGACAACCCGAUUGGAACGUCCGCGGGGAUCGAUAAGAAUGCUGAGGUCCCGGAUGCAUUGUUCUCGCUUGGACCAGCGAUCGUGGAAGUCGGAGGUGUGACGCCUUUGCCGCAGGAGGGCAACCCGAAGCCGAGAGUGUUCCGCAUUCCCAGCCAGAAUGCGUUGAUCAACCGGUAUGGAUUGAAUUCGGAAGGAGCGGAACAUGUUGCCAUGCAAUUGAGGGAGAGAGUGCGGAUGUUCGCAUAUCAUAAUGGACUGGGACUGGGCAAGGAGGCGGAAGACAUGGUGCUGAAUGGAGAGGCGCAAGUGCCUCCGGGCAGUCUGGUACCCGGGAAGAUGCUGCUUGUGCAAAUGGCGAAGAACAAAAUCACACCAGAUGGUGACAUUGAAGCGAUCGCGAGGGACUAUACAUUCUGCGUUGAGCACUUGGCCAAGUACGCCGACGUGCUGGUCGUCAACGUCAGUUCGCCGAAUACACCAGGACUGAGGGACUUGCAAGCUGUGGGACCUUUGACGAGAAUCCUGGGAGCUGUGGUUGACUCAGCAAACGCGUGUGAACGUAAGACCAAGCCAAAGGUGAUGGUGAAGGUAUCGCCAGAUGAGGACAGCGAGGAGCAGAUUGAGGGUAUCUGCGCGGCGGUAUGGGCGAGCGGUGUCGAUGGAGUGAUCGUAGGCAACACAACGAAGAAGAGGCCGGACACGAUACCGAAAGGAUACGAACUUCCAGAGGAGGAGGUGAGGCUGCUCACUGAAGUUGGUGGAUAUUCUGGCCCGCAAAUGUUCGAACGUACACUCAGUCUUGUGGGAAGAUAUCGGUCGAAGCUGGAUCAAGGUCCUCAAGACGAAGCUGAAGAUGCAGGCGAGGAGGGAUCGACGCGAGAUGUGGCCGAGAGCGCGUUGAAGAUGGUCACACAUACUGGUGGAACUCCGGACGAGCGAAGUGAGGAACUGUCGGCAUCGGGAUCAUCUACUCCAGCAGGAAAGAAGACCAAGGCGACGAAGAAAGAGGAUCUUCAACCCAAAGUCAUCUUCGCGACGGGCGGCAUCACCAACGGCGAACAAUGUUUGCAGAUUUUGAAUGCGGGCGCGAGUGUGUGUCAGGUGUAUACGGCGAUGAUGUAUGGUGGGGUGGGGACUGUGACGAGGAUGAAGGGGGAGAUGAGGAGGGAGAUGAGAGCCCAAGGGGAGAAGAAGAAUUAA